GCAUUGCCGAUGAGCGAACGAUUAUACUUAUGAAAUAUCUCCAUAAUAGUUCUUUUUACGUUAAAACCAUGUGUAAAAUCAGCGUGUUUUUAAAACCGGAGUCGUAGGUUUGAAUUUUCGCAGAAAAUACAAACGGACUUUCUUCGCACGAUAUAUAAAGCGCAGACUUGUGGAGUCAGGUAUAAACGGGGCUUGAAGAAUCGAUCGCACGUUAUAUACUCUUGACAUAACCUAAAUUUGACGCUUUUAGAGCGAUUUUAGAAAGAAAUUAGCAUCUGUCAUUGUCGGAGAAUCAAGUAUACGUGAUUUUGGUGAGCACGCGUUUACGUUUUCGUUGAAAGGCGCGAGAAGCGUGACCUCCGAAAACUCUAGGCAAAAACGUGUUGCACCCGAACCUUUCCUUUCGCCGUCGUCCUUUUGUUUUGAUUUUUUGAACUUCUAACAGUUAUUUAUCGCAAAUCUAUCAAAAUUGUCUAUGCCUACCGUAUUCUAAUGAUUACAACGUUUUAGAUAUAACGUUGCGAUAUUUGAAGCAACACGCCUCACAAAAAACAAAUCGAAAAUUUGAUAUUUUAUAUAGAAUCAGGUGAGCGUUAUUGACACUAGAAUCAACUCGCGGAAAAGUCAAGAUGAGUUAGGCGAAUUUUAGGCACUAAAAACGAGUGAAAAAAUCUUCUAUAACUUACUGCGCUUCAGCACGUACAUCUUCCCCUUGGCUACCAUUUUUCUUCGUUUAAUCUAAGGAAAUACUCGCGAAAAUGCAAUUUUAAGUCAGCUAGGCCGAUCUUGUAACGUUCCGGUAUCCUUCUAUAUGCGCGGCUGAUGCUCAGCGUCUGAGCCUACGUUCGCCCGCCAAAACGCAGAAAGUCUGGAAUUUUUAGCGGCAAACUACUCCGUACCGUUCACCGCCAUCUGUUCAAAUGUGGAAGGAACUAUAUAUCGCACGAGCGUACCUGUAACGAAUGCGGUAACCGUACACUGCGCAUGUUCAAUAUUGCAAUAUUUGCUACAGAAACUUUUGUGGAAAUUUCAAAAUACGUAAAUAGCGUAGAAGGAUGAUUCCUACGUGCGUUAAUCCUUAGAAUAGUGCAAGUUGCCUUAACAUUAUUUUGAGCCCAACGAUUCCCGGUUUUCGGAGAAUAAAAUCUAAAAUUCAACUAAACACUCCAGUAAAAUUAUCAUACCCUCUUAUAUAUCAGCAACAAAACUUGUAAAGGCUUUACCAUGAAUGUCUGAAAAGAAUUCAAAUCCCGCGCUCUCUCUCUCUCUCUCUUUCGGCGCCCCGCGCAGUCGGUAUCACAGAAUCCCUCCCACUGCAUUAUCACACCGCGAGUCUCCGCGCAACUCGCGGCGCGAACCGUCUUCCGCUUCCCGCACGCGUUUCGCCGGUGUUUCUCGCAGGCCACACGAUCCACUCGUCGUCUCCUCUUCAGAUCGUACAGACGCCGCCACAUCUCCAUCCACAAUCAUGACCGACAACAAGGAGCGUACCUUCAUCAUGGUCAAGCCCGAUGGUGUCCAGCGUGGACUCGUCGGCAAGAUCAUCCAGCGUUUCGAGGACAAGGGCUUCAAGCUCGUCGCCAUGAAGAUGGUCUGGCCCACCGAGGCUCACCUCAAGGAACACUAUGCCGAUCUUGCCGGCAGGCCAUUCUUCCCUGGUCUAGUCAAAUACAUGAGCUCUGGACCCGUUGUACCCAUGGUCUGGGAAGGUCUUAACGCCGUCAAGACCGGCCGUGUUAUGCUUGGUGAGACCAACCCCAAGGACUCUGCUCCUGGCACCAUCCGUGGCGAUUUCUGCAUCCAGGUCGGUCGCAACAUCAUCCACGGCUCAGACUCAGUCGAGUCCGCCAACAAGGAAAUCAAACUGUGGUUCGGCGACGACAAGGCGAAGAAGGACGGAGUUAUCGACUGGGCUUCCUGGGCUGAGAAAUGGAUCUACGAAUAAAUGGAUAACUCGCUCAAAUUUUUCAUUCCGCUAAUUAAUCUACAAUCUAUCCAGGAUAGUUGUGGACACUUGUUAUGCAAUAACACUGCUCCAGAGAACCAUUGGAAAUAUACUGCCUGAUGUGUGGCUAGUGAUAACUAAUGUACAUACCGAAGCUGCCUGGAAAAUAAAUAUCUGUUCGAUCUGAA